AUGCCUACCAACGGCAACGCCACACUCAUCCCCGAUGCUUACAUUGUCGAAUACUCGGACAAGCAACAAGGCAAUUCCAUUCUAUCCUCGCUAGAUCGGCUAACACAUCCAUAUCAUAUACGGCAGACGUAUGCAUCACCUGUUUUUAAUGGUUUAUCACUGCAUUUAUCAGCCGCAUCACGUAAUUCGACCAACAACAAUAACGAAUCCAUCACUGAAGCAAUCGAUAACAUCCAUCCAAUCCUUGCCUAUUUAUAUGCACAUCCAGGCGUGCGUAGAGUGUAUCCUGUACGCAAUGUCCCACGGCCACAAUGGGUGGAUCGGAAGGAUAUAAAUGAGACGUCAUCUCUUCCAUACGAUAACAACUUGACGCAGCUGAAGGGGAUGUAUGGUGAAAUGAAGCUUACAGGUGCUGGGGUUACAGUGGGAAUCAUCGACUCUGGUGUGGAUUAUGAUCAUCCAGCAUUUGGAGGCUUUGGAGCAGCUCACAAGAUAAGGUUUGGGCAUAAUUUUGUCGAUCCAGCUAAUGACGAUGAGCACGCUGGGAGUCAUCGGUUGGAGAAUGACCCUUAUGACCUUUGUCCUGGAAACGAUGGAGGACAUGGAACGCAUGUCACUGGGAUAGUGAGCGGUGUAGAUAUGAGCAAGAAUUUCUCGGGAAUAGCUCCAAACGUGACCAUUGGUGCGUACCGUAUCUUUGGAUGUACCGGUGGAGCAGCAGAAGAUGUUGUUAUCAAGGCAAUGGAGAUGGCGUAUGAAGCAGGAUGCGAUAUUAUCAACCUGAGUCUUAGUGUUGAAUCAGCGUGGCCUGAGAAUCCAAUGGCCGUCGUUGCUGAUAGGUUGGCUCAAAAGGGUGCCAUAGUUGUCACUGUGGCGGGGAAUCAAGGGGGGCAAGGGGUAUUUAUGCAAACUAGCCCUGGUUCAGGCACGCGCGCUCUUACAGUGGGAUCCAUGGAAAAUACUUUUCGUUAUGACAAGGUUCUUCAUGCGAGUAUCUUCCCCAAUCGAUCUUAUUCGUAUGCAUUGUCAACAUCAACCGAAAGCAUGCCUGAUGGGAAAACGUUGGCUAUCGUUUUUGAUGAAGAAAAGGACGUGGUGGAUGGAUGUUCAAACAGCACCUUGGAGCAAGCUUUUACACGUGACAAGAUCUUGCUUCUUCGUCGAGGCAGCUGCUCAUAUGAUGACAAGCUAGAGAUUGCAAAGCAACUUGGAGCAGCCGGUGUUCUUUUCUUUGAUGAAGGAGCUUCCAAAGACAACAAUGAUGAAGAGCCUUUGUUAACGAAAACAUCAGCUGGCACUAUUCCUUCAGCUGGGAUAGCUAACAAUGUCGCCACAAAGCUAGUCAAGCAUUAUCGUACCAACACAUCAAUGACCGACAUUGUCCUUUCUUUUCCAAGCAAACCAAAAAAGAUUCCCGUCGACGGACCAUUACGCAUGUCGUCCUUUUCUAGUACAGGCCCAACCUAUGAACUUGGACUUAAGCCCACAAUCACUGGAAUUGGAUCAGACGUAUUCUCCACACUACCACGUCAUAUCAAUGGUGGAUGGGGUAUUUUAUCAGGUACAUCAAUGGCAUCUCCACAAGUGGCAGGUAUGGCUGCAUUGAUGCUUGAAUGGUAUCGGCGAAAGGGGAUCACCAAACUUGAUCCAGUUUUUUUGGCGGAGCUGAUGCAAAAUCAUGCAAUGCAUGUACCUUACGAUGGGACACCAGAACAUCCCCUUCGACAAGGUGCAGGGUUUAUACAACCAAUGGAUGCUCUUCAAAGCACUGUACAUGUGUCCCCUGGAUACUUGAGCUUUAAUGACACCGACAACUUGCAAAACAUACAUCAGCUACGCAUCACGAAUGGAGGCAGCAACAAAAUUACCCUUGAUCUCAGCAACAGGGUGUCUCAAGCUAUCCUCCCCUUCAAUGGAUCAACUGGAUACACGCCAUCGGAGCCUAGUGCUCGAGAUAAUACAUCGGUGAGCCUGGUCUUUACACCACCUCAUGUUGUAGUACAGCCUGGAGAAUCAAUCAAUGUCCAAGUAGCCAUUCAUCUUCCCAGCAAUGAAUCAACUCCGUGGCGGUAUCAAAUGUAUGGUGGAUUCAUCGAGAUGUCUCAUAAGGGAAGCAACAAGGUGGAUGCAAGUGUACCCUAUUUUGGAGUAUUGGGUAGCGUUCAUGACUUGCCCUUGUUCGACGCUGGAUAUCCAUAUCUUACAUCAUCCAGUGAUGCAUCAUACAACAGCUCUGACACCUUUAUUUUUAAUGUGACAGCACAAGAGGAAGUCCCCAAGAUAGUAUAUCGCCUAUUGACGGCAACAGCACGUGCGGAUAUCAAUGUUGUGGAUGAGAGGAAUACUGUGAUCGGCGCUAUCGAUGGUGGUCCAUACACCUAUUUGGAUCGUAACAACUUGCAAGACGACGACAAGCAUAGCUCAAUUGAGUGGAAUGGUCGUAUUGUUGAUCCACAUGACACCUCAAACAGUAAUACGGAAUCGGUAUUGAUACAGCCAGGCACGUAUAGAUUACACAUGCGAGCAUUACGGCUACUUGGUGAUCCUCAGAAUGCUAGCAGUUGGCAAGAAUGGAUAUCAAGUCCGAUCAUGGUUGUGAAUUGA